AUGAUGGUGCUGUACGGAUAUGGAGGAAUUAUUCUAUAGACCGUAAAUUAGAGUUAGUAACUUCAUUGCAAGCUUUAACUGACAUGUUGCCAUCCACAAGGGGUUCUGGUUUAGUGAUAGAUUGGGAGCAAGAAUCCGGUAUGUUACUAGCAUCUGGUGAUGUCCGGAUCAUCCGGGUAUGGGAUACACAGAGAGAGUUAAGGUUACAGGAUAUCCCAACCGGUGCUGACAGUUGCGUUACCAGUCUAGCAUGUGAUUCUGUAGGUAGAUCAUUACUUAUAGCAGGAUGUGGGGAUGGGUCUGUGAGACUUUACGAUAGAAGAUUAGGGCCCCAGGAAUGUCGUGUGAUGACAUUAAGAGAACACCAAGGAUGGGUAGUUAAGGUACAUUUACAAAAAGGUGGUGAUGGCAAUAUUAUAAGUGGAAGUGUUGCUGGUGAUGUUAAAUUCUGGGAUCCACGAUUUACAGAAUCAGUGAAUACAAUCAAUACAGUGCAGUCUCUUACAUCAUUAGAAGUUCAUGAACAAGCUGAAGUUUUAGCAUGUGGUUCAAGCAAUCAAAUUAUUAGUGUAUACAACUUAGCAGGUGAUAACUUAAGUACUAUUAAAUACCAUGACGGCUUUAUGGGUCAGCGUAUUGGACCUAUUAGUUGUAUGGCUAUGCAUCCACAUAGG